CAAGGGAAGGCUUAUUUAGCUAAAACGUGUUGGCAGUUGAAUCUGUUUUGUCAAUCAAAUGGAAUUCAAAAUGGCGUACUCAUGUAUUUUCUUUUUAUGUGCUGUUGUUGCAGUUGCAUACGCAGCUGAUCCGUUACUUGAUCAACUGGAUAGCAAAUUAAAAAGCCUGGAAGAACGUUUGCAUCGUUUUAUGAAAAAGCGUGAAGGUAAAUCUGACCCACCAGUUGACCUCAGCAAGAUUGAUAUAAGAGUUGAUGGUCCACCGACACACCGCGAUUUUAUAUUCAGAUCUGAUGAAAAAGUAAAAGUUGGUGUACCAUUAUUUCACGAACUCGUCUCGGAUAAUCCAGGCAAAUCUGACCCACCAACGGAACUUGAUCGCAGCAAGCUUGACAUAAGAGUUGAUGGUCCACCCACACACCAUGAUUCUCUCAGAUCUGACGAAAAAGUAAAAGUUGGUGUACCAUUAUUUCACGAACUCUUCUCGGAUAAUCCAGUUAAUGGUCCACCCUCGGAUGAAAAAGCAGUAAAGCUUGGGAUGCCAUUAUUCCACGAAGUCUCAUCUGAUGAUCCGGGUAGAUCUGACCCACCAGCAAAUGUUAAUCCCAACAAUCUUGAUAGAAGAGUCGAUGGUCCACCAAAACACGAAGAUUUUAGGUCCAGAUCUGAUGUACAAGUUAAAGUUGGAAAACCGUUAUUUCACGCAGUCUUAUCGGAUAAUCCAGAAAAUGAUAACAUCAAGCAUGUUCCUCAACACUUAGGCGGUGGUUUGCGACCUGGUGUUAACAAAAAGAAAGAAUCUGACGUAAAUAGACAAGCAACAAAAAAAUCAUUAUCAGAUACACUAACAGGGAUAGACAAGCAAUUGGACGAAAUCGCAGAACUUGUAAAGAAGGAGUCUACUAAGAAGAAUUCAGAGCUAGACAGAAAAAAAGAUAAUAUACCCAUGUCAUUCCGGAAAGACGAAUUUAAAAAAUCAGUUUCCAAAACGAUGAAGUCCCAGAAGAUUCAAAAAGGUGUUUCAGACGGAAAAAAGGUUGAAAAUGUAAAACGGUCAGCAAGUGGCUCAAAAUCAAUGAGUAAAUUAGGCAAUUUGGCAGACGAUAUUGCAGCUUGGAAAAUGGAGAAUGAUCCUAAAAAAUGGGAAGAAGAUUUUCAAGAUGAAUUUUGGAAAAACUUUUAAAAAAUCCUUGAUGUGAAGAUUGUCGUGAGAUUAUUAGCGUGAUUGUGUAAUUAGUGGAUUUACUUUUAUUGUGUGGAGUGUUACUUAUGUGAAAAGAAAUAAUAAUAAAAAAAACUUCA